AUGUGGAUGGCCGAGCUCAGAUAUUUGUCAGUGACGAUAUCAAUGAAUGAACAAGAUUGUUCUGUUUCCUGCGGGAAAGGUUUGAAGUUUCGUGAUGUGCAUUGUUUUAAUAGCUUCCAAGCUAAAGUAGAGGAAGGAAACUGCAGACAUUUGAAAAAACCACGGAUGUACAAAAUAUGCAGAGCUGGAAGAUGUCCUACUUGGAAGGCCAGCAGAUGGAAAGAGUGUUCUGUAUCCUGUGGAGUGGGGAUUCAGCAAAGGGACAUCUACUGUCAGCUGAAGGGCCUAGGUCAAGUGAGUGAAGCGAUGUGUAAUCACGGUACCCGGCCUGUCAGCAAAAGGCAUUGCUGGCUGCCUGCCUGCGUGCAGUAUCAGUGGUUGGCAGGUGAAUGGGAAGAUUGCUUGGCAUCGUAUAGAAGAAAGGAAAUGUACCGAACUGUUAAGUGUGUGGAUGAAAACCAGCUCCAAGUAGAUGAAAGCUUCUGUGAUCCUGCCACUAAGCCUGCAUCCACCAAAAACUGCAGGAUGGCUACUUCUAAAUAUAUCGUGCUUACAAGAGAACUGUCGCAGUGCUCAGCCAGCUGUGGGUUUGGUUAUUGGCAGACGAUCACAUACUGUGUUGGAAUCCACUCUCUUCAAAAUCAGCACAUCCAUGGCCUUCGAACUGUAGCGUACCAAGAAUGCCCAGUAGAGCCAUCCCCAUACAUUUAUAAAUGUAAUAUCAAAGGAUGUUCACAAGCAGCUACCUGGAGAGUGGGAAAGUGGACCAAGUGUUCAGUGUCAUGUGGAGUGGGGGUAAAGGAGAGGACUGUAGAAUGUAUGACUGAAAAUGGCUUAUCCAGUGACUUGUGCCUGCCACGUUUAAAACCAGAUGCCAGAAAGAUCUGCCGUGAGGAAGAAUGUGAAAUUUUUACCACCUGCAAAGAUAUCCAGAUUAAAAAAGGGAUUAAAAAGGAUGGUGAAUACCCUCUUAACAUUAAGGGAAAGAUGAUAAAGAUUUACUGCUCAGACAUGCGCUUAGAGAAUCCCAAAGAAUAUUUGACAUUGGUAAAAGGUGAAGCAGACAACUUUUCUGAAGUAUAUGGAUUCAGGUUGCAAAAUCCAUAUGAAUGUCCUUUCAAUGGAAGCAGAAGGCAAGACUGUGCCUGUCGAUAUGAUUACCUUGCAGCUGGCUUCACAGUUUUUAGCAAAAUAAGAUUUGAUGUAGCCUCCAUGCAAAUUAAAACCACAGAUUUUCUUUUUGCUCAGACUAUACUUGGGAAAGCAGUUCCAUUUGCUACAGCUGGAGAUUGCUACAGUGCUGCCAGAUGCCCACAGGGGCAGUUCAGCAUUAACUUGGCUGGUACAGGUCUGAGAUUAUCCAAUGCAGUUAGGUGGAUUGCUCAGGGAAACUAUGCAACUUCUGACAUACACAAAUCCCAUGAUGGUACUAAAAUAUAUGGAAGAUGUGGAGGAUUUUGUGGAAAGUGUAUUCCUAACACAAUUACUGGUCUCCAACUUCAAAUACA